AUGUCUAACGGCAAAGAAGAACCUCAAGUCAACACAGUCCAGCUCGACAACGAAGAGCAAGCCUUCCCUGAUCCUCAGUGGAGGACAGGGCUCAGAGCCAGAUUUCCUUGGAACGGAUUCAUCGCACUGCUGAUCGUUAUUCUGUGUGCGAAUAGCUCAAUCAUCGUGCUUCUUGUCUCCGAUGGCAAAAGGCAGCUGCAUUGGGCGCAAAAGAUCGGACCUAGUGUUCUGCUCUCCGGCUUCAACGGCAUCGCAAACAUCGCCUUCGGAGUGGCCAUUGCAAACGGCGUCGCAAUUACCUGGUGGAGGAAGGCUCUCAGAGGCGCCACCAUAAAAGAGCUUCAUCGUUCUUGGCAAUACAGCUCGAGCAUCAAGGACAUUCUGCUGUACGGCAGAUACUUCAACUUCAUCGCUCUAGCGGCCCUGGCUGCGAAACUGACUAUCAUUGAUGGCAUUCUGUUGCAGAAAGCUGCUGGCACCACCCUUCAAUCUGACAAGGCCCGCAAUGUCACUAUCGAUGUAUAUGUCAACAACAGCAUGCCUUAUACGGGGAUCGUUGCGGACGAAUCUGGCAACGUCGCUCUGGCCCAAUGGUUCAGCGCCAACGUUCAUAAUUGGUCCCGAACUGGUGGUCUCUUCCCGCCAGAUGUGAACUCACAACCGUGCAAUGGGACAUGCACAUACAAGAUCCAAGGUACCGGUUUUGCUGUUGACUGCCAAAGCGAACAGCUUGAGAUGGACUAUGGAGCAAGUGUCUCCCAACAAGCAGUUACACCGUCCCAAAAUAACACUUCGUCGUCUCUCAACGUCAAUCGCACUCUCUUCGACGUUACCUUUCAGCCUCUCUACGGGGGUGCUGGAGUCGAUGACUACUACUCCAGGAUAGAGAUGAAUCUCACUUUCUCGAACGCGACCGCUCUCGAGGGGAACUCAACUAGUUGUCCAGGCACAUUGACUCGACGUAACUGUAUCUUGCGCCCGGCCAUCAUCGACUAUCCCGUCACAGUGGAAGACAACACGUAUUCAGACAGUGUCCCGUACGUGUCGAACAUGUAUCUCGGCUAUAACACCACUAUCAUUGGAGGCUUGUUAAACAACUACUCGCUGGUUACUUACAAGGACAUCCUAGAGGAUCCUUCGUUUUUGCCCGAGGGAUCGGCGACCGUCAUUGGAGGUAUCGCCAAGGUGCUCAACGAAUACUUCGCCGGGACUAGCAAAAUGCGCUACGAGGCAGGUCAGUUUGUUGUAGACGAGACCGGUGCAGCCGGAGUCAGUCCAUUUGACUACUUCCGCAACGAUUCUGCUGGUUGCGACUUUGAGUAUCAGGACCCCUUGGACUACACUAUUCGUCAGAUCAAUUCACUGAUGUUUACAUUGUCUAAUGAUCCAUGGUACCUCAACAGCGAUAACAACCACUCCCUGACAACACCGAUCCGUGCCACUGAAUACGGCACAAGCAUCCACUAUCGAACGAACCGCAACUUCAUGUACGGCGCUAUGGGUUCGAUACUUUUCUGCGUUUUCUGCGUCCUUCCAAGCUACUGGGGAUACUGGCAGCUCGGGCGAGAUGUCACUCUUGGGCCCUUCGAGAUCGCUAACGCUUUCCGCGCUCCCAUCCUUGAUCACCCGACUGUUGCCAAUGCUCCAGUGAAGCAACUGAUUCGAGAGGUUGGCCAGAGAGAAGUCAAAUAUGGAGCGAUGGUUCAAGGGGAUGCUUCAAAUCGCUUGGCUAUUGCCGAGCCUGACGCUGUGAGGAGAGUGCACCCAAGCAUCCAUGAUCGAAGGAUGUGA